AUGCUGGGUUCAUGUAAAGUACAUUCUUGCUAUAUAGGGUAUUUAAAUAGAACUUGUGAACCAGAAUCUAAUAAAGAACCAGACAUUGAUAAUAUCUCAUUAUCCAAAAUAUGUGAAUUGAAAGCUAAUAAUAUUUUAUCGCCAAAUAUAUGUAACCCAGAGACUAAUAAUAUCUCAUUAUCUAAUAUAUUUGAACUGGAAGCUAAUAAUAUCUUAUUAUUUAAUAUACUAUCUAACAUAUAUAAACUGGAAGCUGAUAAUACCUCACUGCCAAACAUAUAUGAACCAGGAGCUGAUAAUGUCUCAUCACUCGGCUAA